AUGACGAAUAUACUCAAAGCGUUGGACGCGAAUCCGAAAUUAAAGGAGGAUUACGUGAGCGAAUCGACGUCUGGGGUGAUCACUACUUUGGUGUGCGCGGCGUUGUGUUUGAUUUUGUUCUUUGGCGAAUUCUUCUCGUACAAGACGACGAAAAUCGUGAGCGAAUUGAGAGUAAAUCCGCUCGGUGUUCAUCAAACGGUGCCCAACGCGGAAAGACUGAAGAUUGACGUCGAUAUUACCUUUCACAGUCUGGCUUGCAAUCUCAUCACGCUCGACACCUCGGAUAAAGCCGGAGAAGAGCACUACGACGUGCACGAUGGUCACAUCGAAAAGAGGAGGAUAGACAAGCAUGGGAAAGUGAUUGAUGCUGCGUUUACUUCAGAAAAGCCAAACAAACACAAGGAGAUUGAGCAAGCGCUGCAAAAGAUGAACGAGACCGACUCCGCACACGCCGCCGACUCUCAUGCCAUGGAGCACGUGCAGCCGUUCGGUGGUAUGUUUGGUCUACAAAGUUUAUUGCAAGAAGUGUUUCCAGAGGGCGUGGAGCAUGCGUUUAGAAACGAGAAUCAAGAAGGGUGCGAGGUGAAGGGUUACCUUGAAGUGAAUCGGGUACCGGGACGGUUUUCCAUUUCGCCGGGACGUUCGCUCAUGAUGGGGAUGCAAAUGGUCAAGCUAAACGUGCAGACGGCAUUAAAUUUAACGCAUACGAUUCACAGGCUGUCAUUUGGGGAAAGCUUUCCCGGUUUGGUGAGUCCACUCGACGGAACGCACCGCUCACUUCCGCCGAACGCGGUGCAGCAAUAUUUUCUUAACGUUGUGUCGACGACAUUCGAGCCUUUGGGAGAGAACAAAAUCAUCAGCACUCAUCAGUAUAGCGUUACUGAAACUUUCACAAGCUCACAGCGAUCAAUUAUGGGGACGUCCAACGGCCGUGAUCCGGGCGUCAUCUUUACUUACGAAAUAUCGCCGAUUCGCGUCGACUUCAAAGAGACUCGCACGUCGUUUGGUGCAUUCGUCCUGGGUAUCUGUUCCGUCAUCGGAGGCGUCGUCACUAUGGCGGGUAUCACGCAAAAUGCCGUUGAGUAUAUUAUUUCUAAUCGCAAGACCCUCUUCGCGUCAUAG